AUGAAAUCGUCUUCUGAUUCCGAUACUUCAUUUCGUGUGUAUUUAUUUCGUAGAGGUGAUAAAAAAUCUGGCAAUAUUUGCUGCGAUGUCAUAUUGAAUAAUAAGGAUCUGCCAAAUUUACGAAUCGGUGAUAUUCUGCAAAUACUUUCGCCAUCAUCGCAACAACCAUUUUAUGUGCAAUAUAUGCAUGAACAUAAUGAAACUUAUCGAGAAAAGAGGAUUUAUUUGGAGAAAACUUUAGCUGAUCGUUUUUCAGUUUUGCAAAAUGAUACAGUAAAUGUCAGUAUUGCUGAGAAAAAGCAGAUAGCGCUUGAUAGCAUUGAAUUAACAUUUCGAGAGCGUUAUAUGAGCAGAUCGGAUAUGUGGCGUUUUAGACGAUGCUUGAUGAAUACUUGCACAUAUCUUGCACAGAAGCUGGAUUGGUUAGGGGUACCGACAACUGUUCAUGAUCUCUGGUUAAAAGGCGAAAAUGUUAGUAGUGGCUUUAUAUCUGAAGAUACACGUGUAGUUUUUCGAUCUUCGAGCUCGCUGGUUUUAAUUUUUGUGCAAGUCGGCUCGGAGAUGUGGGAUAUGGAUCCUUUCGGUGAUUUGUAUUUUGAAAAGUGUCUUAAUGGAUUUUUUCCUGAAUUGUUUGAAAAAUGGAAGUCGAAUAACUGUGCACAUUAUGUUACACUUAUAGUUGUUUCCAGAUGGUACUUUGAUGAAGAUUCACUGGACGAUGUCGCGAAAGAAAAAGUUAGUAAGGAUUGUAGAGGAAGAUAUUAUGAGGAUUUUUAUCGUGUUAUAAUACAAAAUGAACAUUAUGAUGACUGGAAGUCUGUUAUACCAAAGAUUGUCAUGGAAAAAUUGAAUUUUCAGCUUCGUUUGGUUUUUUUUAAUUAUCGGCAAACAAUCCAAGAUUUUAUUCAGAGACAGCUUGUGACUGAGAGCUGCAAAAGACCGGUGGCAGAACUUUCAACGGCGGCAGAUGGAAAUUUUUUCGAAGCGCUAAAUCUUUCAAUGAAUUCCUUCAAUGCUUACUAUACAGAUCGCCGUUUUGAAACUGUAGGACAUCAGAUAAUUUUUGUAACAGCUGGUGCUGUAUUUAAUGUCGAUCGACAUAUGGUUAAUUUUACAAAGCAAAGGUCGAUAGAUAUGGGAGUUUCGCUUGAUCUCGUCUGCUUGGGAGAACAACCACUUCAUGUUGUACCACUUUUUGUUUUUCAGAGGUUAUCUGAAUCUGCGCAUCCAUUCGAAGAAUAUUUAAUUCCUCAUUGGAUGAAUUAUUCUUAUUAUAGGAUGCCUGUGCGAUCUGCAAUCUCUAUUAAAUUUAGGCCAAGAAUUAAAAUGUGUGAAGAAUUAUUGCAAGGCACGGAAUUCGGCUUAGUGAUGGAGACUAAUGAUGAUGAUGAAGAUGAAAUAGAUAUGGAUGCAUAUGACGAAAAGGCAUUCGCAUCGCUUAUUGCAGAUAGCCCAAGCAAGUCGCUAGAGAAACCUGUCGGCAGUGAUGGAAGACCUCUUAUUAACCCAUUCAAACCUGAAGAAUUUAGUGUUCGAAUAACGGCAAAUCGACGACGAUGGAUUCAUGUCUUCCCAGUUGAUAAAUUGGGUCGUGCUAAGCAUUCGCAUCAUUAUGUUGCUGGGAAGAGUAUUGUGCAUAUAACACAAAUGGAUGAAACAGAACCGGAUGAAAAAUCAUUGUCAGCAUUAACGGUAACAGCUGGUUCUCCUUUACGGAGACCUCCAUCCCCUCAAGCCAGUUCGAUGGAAAAAAAUAUGAAUAGAGUUACUGGGCAAGGUGCAGGUGGAAAAAAAUGUGUAUGGGCAUGGGGCUCUACAGGGGAAGAAAAGUGGAAUCCUGAUGUAGAGAUUGGGGUGGAUUGGAAAUCUUUGGUUCGUUCAGGAUUAUUGCCGAUAACUACCGAUUUCUUUCCGGAUGGCCGAAGUAUUCACAAUGAUUACUUGGUUACGGCACAUCAAGUUCUUAUUGAUAAUGAUGUUAUGCAUGAAUGGUUAGGAGAAACGAAAAAUGCAAAUGCUGAAAAAUUCAAAUCACUGGUUUUUGAUCAGAUGAUUUCUCAAAGACUUCAACGAGGUUUUCAGAUUGAAGACCAAUCAGAUCGUAUUGAAAAUUCAAAAAAUAUACGCGAGUGUUUUUUAUCGUAUAGCCGAACUUACCAUCGUCUUUUCAUGGAAGGAGAUGAGAUUAGUGUGACGCAAUAUUUUAUGCGACCUAGUGAAUUCGAUGAAACGGCUGAAUCGGUUCAGAAGGAACAUCAUAAGUAUUUAUUUAAAGUUCCUGAUAGCGACGAUUAUGUAGUCAGUACUACAACUUUCAAAGCGAUAAAUCUGCUUAAAUUAAAUUGGAGUUAUUUGGAUACGCAAAUACAGUACCGUAAUUCACCGUCCUUAUUUAAGAACGAGUUUAAAUGUUUCUUUUCAAGAUUUCUAGUGACACCUUUAUGUUCAUCAACUACGAAGAAAAUUAUUGCUGAACGAAGUGGCGGUGACAAAUAUGGUGCAAUCAAAAAUGAAACAUUUGAUGAGCGACAAAAGGAGGGAUUUAUAAAAUUUUUAGAAACUGUUAAUCGUUUGAGACGUAAGGUGGAUCGCCAUUCAUCGAAAAGCAGAUCACUUGGACUAGACGCUGAUGUUAAUAAGAUAACGUAUAGUAUUAAUGAUCCUGAAUCCUUACUGAAGGCUUGGCGAGAGUCUUGUUCGUUUUAUUAUUUUUAUGAAACAACUGCUCGAUAUCCAUCUGAAGUGUUUCUUGCGACUGAAUUUGUCGCAUGGCUGGUAGUAAAUGUUGUGGAAAUAGUCGAUCGCAAUUGUGCCAUUGAUUUCGCGAAUGAACUUAUUGCGAAUAGCAAAAUUCGAGUUUUGCCUGCAGGACAAUUAGAUAUUGAUGGUGUUAGCGUUUCAAUACUAAACAAAUCCACUUCUGACGUAUUUCGUUAUGGAUUCUUUUUAUGUUACUUUGUUGAUGAACAAAAUUAUGAUGAAAAUUGGUCGCAAGCUCUACAAUGCGAAAUAGUUACAAGAUGUCCUAGUUCAAUAUUAUCAGAUUGUUGUUUUCGACUCAAUGCGAUUGAGAUGGAUUUUUUGACACAAAAAAGCGAUGGUACUGGCAGACAGUAUCUUCCCUCACAUAUUCCAUAUUUCGUGUUAUUUAAUCCAGUUUUUUGUACAAAUAAAGCUUUUGAAAUUUCUAUUCGUUGGUUCAUGGCCAAUGGGCAAACGGUUGCUGAACUUGCAAGACAGUGGUGCAAUAAAGCAAAUAGUAUGAAUUUUCAUAUGUUUCCAGCUCCAGAUGACCCUUUUGCCUUGCCAAACAAUCCGAAUUCGUCCCCAUUACGAUGUCCUGUCUCUAUUCCGUUUGAACAUGAAAAAAUCUCUUCAGAAAAUCUGCCGAAAGCAAUAUUGGCGAUUCUUGAAAUCUUUGGCUUUAUAGAAAUAGAUUGUCAUAUGCAUCCUGUACCUCAAUUCGUUCAUAUGUCGGGUGGUAUGUUUAUCUCCUUCGAUAAGAAUCAAAAUUGUUUUCUUUGGGCUUGGAAUCCAAUGAUGAGCCAUCGAUAUCGCAGUCAAAUGAGUUGUACAGAAGAGUUCCAGGAUUAUAUGCUUGCUGAUUUUCGACAGUUUUGCAAAAAUGUCAGCGGUCGUUUAGAUACAUUUAUAGCAAAUGUUUUAAAUGACUAA